CUCUGUCUCACCUAAUCUGUCCUUGAUUGUCUACACCAAAGAACUCUGAAUCAUGUACAAUGUGCGCUUUACACACUUAUUAUUAUGUAUCAGUCAUUGCGAUUAUGGCUGACAUCCCACGUUAAGGAGCCACUACGUAAUGGUACUUUAUAAUGGAAGAAGUGGAUAAGGACUUAGCUCUGACAUCAUUGGGGUCAGAAGGAAGAAGAGAAAUAAAAGAAAUCACCUCUGCAGCAACUACCUGCACAACCACUUCAGGGGGAGGCAUAGAUAGGUUGAUGGUUAUCAACGUGCAGCAGGAGCAACAAGAAGUACCUGUUACAUUACUAACAACUGCAGGAAGCAGCAUUAAUUCUUCAGAACAGCAGCUUAUUACACUAGUACCACAAAAUUUAAAUGAUGGAGUGAGUGACCCUCUCGCGAUUCCAGAGCAGCCGCAGACACUUACUGAAGAAGAUAUGGUAUCAAGUUUGCUAGGUUCUGUGGUGGUCAACUCUACUGGUGAUGACCCUUUACUUUCACAGCAACGGACAGGAGCUUUACAUACAGAAGAUGGACAAAUCCUGUAUGUUACAUACACAGUAAAUCCUUUAUUGGAUGAAGUCAGUGCUCCUCUACAUUCAUCUGCAAGUGAAACUUCUCAGCGCAUGGUGUUACAUGUAACAGAUAGUGGGAGUACUCUUGUGCUGCCAGCUGAGAAUGUGGAAGUGGGAGGAUUUGACAUUGAAAGUGGGCUUGUGCCUCAGAUAACUGUUAAUGGAGUGUACUCACUUGUAACAAAUGACAGUUUAUCUGAAGAAUCUUUAACUUCUCCUCUAGUCCAGACCUGUGGGAUAAAAGAUACAUUUAAAGAGGAUGAGAAGCUGAAGCAAAACCCAUUUGUUGAGAUUAAAAAUCGCAGACGCACUGAACAGGUGAUUGGUAAUGAGCUGCAUAUAGAACAGAAGCUGGAAGUGUUGGAUGCAAUGCUAACCCCUGCACCAGAGCGACCUCGUAAGAAGAAAUCAGACCCUGUCACAGAGGAUGGAGAGGGCCAUUAUAUAUGUGACCUGUGUGAGACUACAUUUCCACGGGCCAACCAAUUUUAUGGUCACUUGCACUCACACAGUGGCGAGAGAAAAUGGGAGUGUGCUACAUGCCCUGGCAAUGUGGUGUUUCCAAGUCAGUCACAGCUGCGUCGUCACGAAAAAGAAUCCCAUCUGAAUUUACGGCCGCAUGCAUGUGGGAUAUGUUCUGCACGUUUUGAUCGGGUCUCACAGCUUAGUUAUCAUCAGCGUCGCAUUCAUGCUGGAGAGCGGGGACAUGCUUGCCAAAUUUGCCAUAAGGCAUUCUUCAAGCGAUCUGAUCUAAAGACACACCUGAACAUUCACUUGGGAAUCAACAAAUGUAUCUGCGAGACUUGUGGGAAAAAAUUUAAUCAUGUAUCCAAUCUGAUUCGACACACAAGGAUGCACUCAGGAAUAAAGCCUUAUCCUUGCACAGUAUGUGGUCGACGGUUCAGUCAACUUAAUGCUCUCCAUCAACACAAAACAUCACAUCAGACAAAUAAGGAUGUUGCCUGCACCAUCUGUCGUAAGAUGUUCAAAUCAUACAUGGUGAUGCGUAAACAUGUGCGCCAGUUGCACAGAGACAAAUUAGCUGCAUCAGGGAAGGAUGCCAAUUCUUGUUUUCGCCAGGUACUGAAGAUAAAGGAUGGUGCACAAAGUAGAAGGUUCUACUGCAAAGUAUGUGGGGAGAACUUUGAGUUUUCAUCAUUGCUUAAACAGCAUGAGAAACAGCAUGAGAAAGAAAACAGUUUCCACUGUAAUUGUUGUGGGCAGGAUUAUGACACAGUGGAGUUGCUGAAGGGUCACUCUUGUCAGACUCCUGAGGAGAGGUUACAAAAAGAAGCAGAGGAUGAAGCAGAGGCAGAGAGAGUUGCCCUAAACACCCAGCUGGAGUCUCUGCUUCAGGAACACCAUAGAGAUGAAGAAAAGAAUACUGCGCAUGGAAACAGUGGGAUUAUGGCUGAGAUUAUAAUCUAUGUAACACAUGAAGGACAAGAUGAACCCACCCAGGUCCAUAUCCAGCCCGUUACUGCACCAAUCUUAGGCCAUACAGAUCAACAAAAAUCUUUGGUAGUGGUACCUAGCACAGAUGUAGGAGUCCAGAAGACUGAAGCUGACAGUCAGCAUGAACAAAGUCAUCAAGAUGUAGUAAUAGUGGGUGACUGUGGAAGCUCCUGUCAAAUGGCAACACAUCUUGAUGGAACACUAGCAGACCCAUUACAGUUAAAAGUUUGUAGCACAGGGAUAACUGUUGGCAGCAGUGAAGGGAACAAGAGUGACAGGACAGACUGUAGUAACUCAUCUCCUCUGUUCCCUCGCAACAUGGCCACAGCCCUGGAAAGUGACAGCAGCAAUGAUAACUUUAUUACAGGUGAUGUUCUGGGAGAACCUAGUCAAGAUUCAGACUGUGAUAAUGGCAUGCCAAGUGUAAGAGGAUCAACAUAUAUGCAAAAUGAAGGAGUAAAGAAGACAGGCGGCUAUGUCAACAUAUUAGUUCCAAAAAUUGAAUCUACUGGCAUAUCAUCAGAUUCUGCACCUGUCCACAGUUCAACAGUGCCUGCCACAGGCAAGAAACAAAUGCGAGUGUACCAGUGCCCUGAGUGUCCGAAAACUUUUGUUAAGAACAGCAACUUCAAACAACACUUAGGUAUUCACUUCAUUGACCAACAGCGUUACCAUUGCUCUACUUGCGGACAGUCCUUUGCUUGGAAGUCGACACUGAACAAACACAUGCUCACUCACAGUAUAGGUCCUCUGCCUCGCUACAGAUGUGAUCUGUGCAGCAAGGAAUAUGCUGCUGCUACGCAGGUUCAGGAACACAUUAAACGGGACCACUACAAGCAAAGGCCACAUGCUUGUCUUGUUUGUGGUAAAACUUUUUAUAAGAAAUAUGAUCUUAAAAUACAUAUAAGAACCCACACAAAAGAGCGACCAUAUAUUUGUGGGACAUGUGGGAAAAGUUUCUACCAUCUUUCUCAUAUAAUACGUCAUGAGCGCAUCCAUUCUGGUCAGCGACCAUAUCACUGCCCUGACUGCGGCCGUCAGUUCAACCAGUCAAGUUCACUUAAGAGCCAUAGGCAGCGUCACAACCAAUGUGUCACAAAAGCUGCUCUAACUGGAACUCAGCUGGCACCUCCAGAGUUAGUACAUCCUGAAUAUCCAGACAUUGGGCCAGAUACAGUUCUUCUGUAUGCAGGAGCUGAUUUAUAAUACUGCAGAUAUUGGAGAAAUUCAUCAGCCUGUGAUAUGUACAUUGUUUCUUAUUCAUUGCCGCGAGUACCAUAAUCAAGAGGUAGUAUUGUUUUUGGAAACAAACUUACAAGGGACUUACAAAAUGUCUGAAAAAUAUUAUGUUGCAAGUGUAAGGAUAGCCACACUGAGAAAAAUGUGGUUUCUAGGAGGAAUAUGAAUUUUGGUAGUGACAAUGCAUUGGUUAAUGUGCCUGUUGUUUUGGUAGUCAUUGAGAAGAAAGUAAUUUUUAAAAUAAAUUGGGGCAGAAAUGAACAGUUUCUUAACAGAAUAAGAAUGGACAAUUGAAAACACUAGCUGCUUUGCCUUCAAAAAUUAUAUUGAUUAUGGUACUGACUCAAAUGCCCUAGAAUAUAGUUUUCAUUUUUAUGUGUUCAUUAUCUGGAGGGACUGUGAUAACAUUCUUGAAUAUUUCCAUGAACACAAGGAACAAUGUACUGAAAUACACUCUCAAAGUGGGACACUGUUACUCCAAAAAUUAGCAAUAAAAUAAUUCCAAAUAAUUUUAAUUACAAAUUUAUAAUACACUACAGAGGAAGUUCCCAUUAUUUGUCUGGAUUUUUCAUAAAAUAAACUGUCCUGAAAUAAUGAAA